CCGGUUUAAAGUAGCUAAAGAAGUCCCAUAUAUUCAUAUUCGUAAUUUGUUGUUGCAAUGCGAUAGGAGGGAAAGAGUGGCGGGGCCGUGUGAUCAGUGCAUAUACAAUAAAAAGUUCAACAUACAUUUCCUUAUACACAUUGUUUCUUCUGUAAUCUCUGCAAUGGCUCUCCUCAAAUCAUCUCUAACAGCGCGGGAAUUGUUGAUGGUGUCCACAGGCACCGUCAUCGGCGGCAUUUUGGGCGCUUCCAUUGUCCGCUUCUUCUCUCGCCCUGGAAGUGCAAUUGACUCUCUCACCGCUCGCUUCUUUCCAACUUCAGACAAUGCUGACGAUGAUCAUGCUCACGGAGAAACUCUCUCUCUCUGCAUUACCACCGAGACUCAGAAUAAGCGAGACCCUUACGAUUCCGCCAAACGUGAAGGGUAUCUGACGUGGGAUGAUUAUUUUAUGGCUAUUGCUUUUCUUUCAGCUCAGCGAUCCAAGGAUCCAAACAGGCAGGUGGGAGCAUGCUUGGUGAGUCAGAACCGAGUUAUCCUUGGAAUAGGAUACAAUGGGUUUCCAAGGGGCUGUUCUGACGAUGAUCUUCCAUGGGCUAAGAAAUCUAUCACAGGAGAUCCGUUGUUGACAAAAUAUCCUUAUGUUUGCCAUGCUGAAGUUAAUGCCAUAUUAAAUACAAAUCAUGCUUCAACAACGGGACAGAGGCUAUAUGUGACAAUGUUUCCUUGCAAUGAAUGUGCCAAGAUCAUUAUUCAGUCUGGUGUUGUAGAAGUGAUAUAUUUCAUUGAUAAGAAUAAUAAUGCUGAUCCGGCAUAUCUCGCUUCCCAGAAAUUAUUGUCCAUGGCUGGAGUGAAGGUUCGGAAGCACCAAACUCUGAAUUCUAGAAUAGUCAUUGACUACGGUUGAAAUAUAGAGAUGGCCGUUGCACAGCUGGUUUAAAAUUGCAUAUUUGAUCCUUAAAACAAAGGAUCUAUGGAGCUAAGAAAGCCUGCAAUCUAGGUGUUGUUGGUAUGAAAUAACAUCUUUAGUCUUCUAAAAUGGACUUCAUUUCUUAGCCUCUUGAUAUAAUUACUUAAUUCUAAGUAGAUCUCUUGCAAGCCCAGUUCUUUGAAGUACGAGUUAGUUCUUAUUAAUUUUGUAAGACAGACUAUCAGCAGAGAUAGUCAAAUUGUUUAGGGGUCAUUUCAGUGCUUCUAUUGUGAAAAUUUGAAUGCUUUCUCAGUGAGGUGGAAGUGACAUCAGAGCUCUUAGGGACAAAUUUUGAAACGUGAAAAUUAUUGUACUUUGUUUGCCUCUUAGAAGUAUUUUCCUAGAGCUAAGUAAAUGUACUAUAUGUAUCAUACAUUCAUAUGACGAGGCUGUUUUGUCUAAAAGGUCAGCACUUUUGUUUUGCUGCGUUUUAAUGUCAAAAAAUAAUCAUUGAUUAACCGCUAUACGAUGUUAUGUAGAUUUAAGUAUGAUUUUUUUUUUUUCAAAAUUAUAGUGAUUCUUAUGGCAGUA